AUGCUGCCUCCUUCGGCUUCGCUCGUCGCGUUCGACUCGCCCGUCCUUAUCGCCACAGCGAAAGCCAAGACCGCCAAGACCGCCAAGCCUGCUGCUGCCCCCACUGCCUCCUCCCCUCCUAAGAACCAGCCCGCGAGCAACGGCUCGGCUGAUGCAUCCAGUAAAACGGAGGACAUUCUCAAUUCUAUUCUUCCACCCAGAGAAUGGACGGAGGAUGGACAGCUAUGGGUUCAAUAUGUUUCAAGCACACCAGCAACGAGGCUUGAUGUCAUCAAUCUGCAGGAGGACCUCGACCGAAAAUUGCAACAAAGGCAAGCGAGAGAGACUGGGAUAUGUCCUGUUCGAGAAGAGCUCUAUGUGCAAGCGUUCGACGAGAUCAUCCGUCAGGUUACCAUUAACUGCGCUGAGCGAGGGCUUCUUCUGUUGCGAGUUCGAGAUGAGAUUCGCAUGACGAUUGCAGCAUAUCAAACGCUUUACGAGAGCUGUAUUGCAUUUGGAAUGCGGAAAGCGCUCCUUGCCGAACAGUACAAGGUGGAAAUGAAGAACAAGAUUGUACAGCUUGAAGGUGAAACAACAGAUCUCAAUCGUCAGAUUGAGGAAUUGAAGACCAAGUGCGAUUCAACAGAGAAGAAGGAAGCUGAAAGAAGAGCGUUGGAAGAGAAGAAACAUCAGGAGGAAGUGCAAUCUUUGAAGAAAACAAACGUUCAGACGAAGCAAGAGCUCGAACGCAUCCUCGCCCCUGCACAACCUCCGCAGAAGAAGUAG